CCCAGAGGUAGACGUCAGUGCGUCAUGACGCCGUGUUGUCAGUAGGUGACCUGCUUUCGAGAGAAGCAGAAGGCUGGUGCAGAGCAGGAGACGCUGCAGCGAGACUUAAGGCAGCGUGCCACCCUGUGGAAUUUGGCACACGCCUGCCACAACCCGUGACGUAUAAUAACAACAACGUUUGGAAGUUCUGUUGUAACCUGUGUAAAGGACGAAUGGUUUUGUUGUGGUAGAAGCCGCUCCUGUGGGUUCAGGUCUAGGAGAGCAAAACGCUGCCGUGGUGAGGAACAGGAGUAAUAACAAGGUCUCCACCAUGCCUGGGAUGGUGAUAUUUGGGAGGCGUUGGGCCAUAGGCAGUGACGACUUUGUCUUCCCAGGAGCCUUUGAGCUUUCAAUCAGGGUGAUCUGGUGGAUUGGAAUUCUGGUUUUAUAUUCGGUACACAAAGGAGAAUUUAACUGUGCCGGAGGGGGGUUGUUGCACAGCUACCUUCUCGUCCUCCUUAUUCUCCUGGCAGCCAUAAUAUGUGCACUAUCUUCCAUUUUAUAUAUCAGCAUGCAAGGAACCAUUUCCAAUCCUGGCCCAAGGAAAUCUCUUCCUAAAUUGUUGUACUUGCGCCUGGCCCUUUACUUGCCAGAGCUGGUCUGGGCUGUUGUAGGAGCCGUUUGGGUAUCGGACCAUGGAGUAAAUUGUGAAAGGACUAUGAUAAGUGCCAUAUAUGGAACAGUCAUUGCCAGCUGGAUAAUCAUCGUCUUCACUGUCGUGGCCGUCGUCAUCGUCUUCGAUCCGCUGGGCGGAAGGAGGAAGAUGUACAUUGUGGAUUGCCCCAACCGUAACCUGGAGAGCAGCCAGUCGGGGCAGCUGUUCUACAACGUCAAGAAGACGGCAACCCGGGUGUGGGAGAAAAGAAUCCGUUUGCUGUGCUGUUGCAUCGUGCAAGACGACGACCAUCGAGUGGCUUUUACGAGCAUCGCAGAGCUUUUCCGCGCCUACUUCUCGGACACAGAUUUAGUGCCUAGUGAUGUUGCAGCAGGCCUGACUUUGCUUCACCAAGAGCAGGAUAAGGUGGAAAAUUGCCUUAAAGAUCCUGAAGAAGUUCUUACUCAGUCACCACUAUCUCCUGCGGCAAAUGAUUUGGAUGAAGAAUUAGAAAAUUCCGCUCAUUAUAUGAAAUUUGCUGCGGCUGCUUAUGGCUGGCCUUACUUCAUAAUGGCAAAUCCUUUUACAGCGUUCUGUAAGCUUAAAGGGGACUGUUGUAGAAGCAGCCCAACGGAGACGGAUAUUAUUGGUGGCGACCAUCUUAACAUGCAUUUUGGAUCCAUCUUAAAAAUAACGGGACUGCAGUAUAGAGACUUUAUUCACAUCAGCUUUCACAAUAAAAUUUUCGAGAUACCGUUCUUCGUUGCAUUGGAUCACAAGAAAGAAGCCAUCGUAGUAGCUGUAAGGGGAACCUUGUCGUUUGAGGAUAUCCUCACGGAUCUCUCAGCAGAUUGUGAGCACUUAACUCUAGAAGAUGUCCUGGAAAACGGUCUUGUACAUAAGGGGAUAACCCAGGCUGCAAACUACAUUUACAGAAGACUAAUAAAUGAUGGGAUUUUGAACCAAGCCUUCACUAUUGCUCCUGAAUAUAAGCUAGUCGUCGUUGGCCACAGCUUAGGAGGGGGAACAGCCUCCAUUUUGGCCAUCAUGCUCAAAAAUGCUUUCCCAGCCCUGAAAUGUUACGCUUUCUCUCCACCUGGGGGUUUAUUAAGUAAAUCACUUGCGGAAUAUACUAAGCAGUUUAUUGUGUCGGUAAUCGUUGGAAAAGACGUUGUUCCAAGGUUAAGUAUGCCCAACAUGGAAGAUCUGAAGAGAAAGAUCAUUAGAAUAGUUGCCAACUGUAACAGGCCCAAGUACCAGAUCUUGCUGCAUGGAUGUUGGUAUGCAGUGUUCGGAGGGGAACCUGAUAACUUCCCAACAGAACUGGAUGGUAGAAACCAAGACGCUUUAACCCAGCCUCUCCUAGCUGAAGAGACUUUAAUGGUUCAUCGGUCACUAUCUUACACUACUCUCGAUGACGACUCGCCUUUAAAUUCUCCUCCUCAGUAUCCUCACCUGUUUCUCCCGGGGAGAAUCAUCCACGUUGUUGAAGAGAACAGCACAAGAAGGUGGUGCUCUUCAGAUGUCAAGUACACUGCAAGCUGGUCCAAAGAAACUGCCUUUGGUAAUAUUUUAAUAAGCCCCAAGAUGAUAACUGAUCAUAUGCCAGAAAUGGUCCUAAAAGCUCUCAACAGCUUGGCCCAAGCAAACGCACCUUGCCUUUCCUGUGGAGCCCAAGGAGACUUUUCCCCAGAUGUCGUAUAAUCACAGGCCUGGGAGGACAGCAGCAAUGCCGACUGUUUUCAAGUGUUCAUGAGAGCAGCCUUUUUGUAGUUAAAAUCAUGGCUGAAGUAGGAGCUGGGGAGAUGUCUUUGUAAUUUCCAGGAUACACAUCAUGCUGCAACAGUUCUUCUGGGCUACUUGAUUUUCUGGGUCAUCUUGAAGAUGAGCUGCCUUCGCUUAAACAGAAGCAAGUGAACCAGUAAUGGAUUUUAACCAAUUCUAUCAAAGUCUCUGCAGAGUGGCAGCGGGAACUGAGAGCAUGACUGACUGAGGAGGAAGAAGAAAAUGGCUAGUAAGUGAGCAGGCAAGUCCAAAUUUUGGGUCUAGCUCUGCCAAGUAUGUGCCCUCCUGGAAGUAAUCCAUGUCAUCUCACAUCCAUGGUUCUCAUAGCACAACUGGACAUGCCUCCUGCAGGUUUAUAAAGUAUUUGUAAAAUUUCACGAGAAAAGGACAACAGGAAAACUAAGCUGAAGACAUCUAUACCACCUCUGUGGAUAUGCCAUGAUGACGCCCAAGAGGUGAGUGAGCUGGACUUCACAGUUUAUUGUUGCACUACCAUUACUGUUGGAAAUGUCUUUUUCUUUUCCUAUUGAAGGAAGCUUGCAUUUUAAGAUACCUUUUAUAGGUUUAAAUGCUACUUGGAUACAUGUGCAAUACUUGUCCGCUUUUGUUUACAGUUCUUCAAGCCUGCUGAAUGUGCUUUUAAUUAUAGAAAGGUUAAUAUCCCUCUUCAUAAAGAUGGUCUGAUUCUUCUCUGCCCUUUCUUCGUUAGGACAGCCCUGGAGGAUCAUGUGAACUGGCCAUGUAUCAAAACCAGGUUUUGUUUUUUAAAAAUUUCCUUCCUGUAAUUUUGUAUAGCUAAAUUGUAUAGCAGCAAAUAGCCCCAGGAUGAAGUUCAUUUACUGAACACAAGUCCUUGCAAUACCAUUUUCUGAUGGCAAUGGUUGUAUUGGUACUGUUUUGUGAUCGUCUUUUGUUCAUAGGACUAGUUUCCAUUUUUAAAAAUGGAGACAAAAAGGAUGUCUUUGAUGCGUUACAUUCCUGUUUUACUGCUGGCCAGAGAGAAUUCGCAUGUUAUUAAAGAAAAAACCCAACCCUC